CCACAUGUGUGUGAGUGUGUUUACAGUAUGGACGCAGACACUUUGGGCUGAGGUGUGUCUAUUAUCUUUUUUUGGAGGCAGGAAGGAGGAGGUGGAGGAGGUGGAGGAGGUGGAGGGGGGUUCCUCCCCAGACUCACUGGAGCCUUGUUGUAACAGCCUCAUUGAGACUGAAUGAGACGUCUUAAUUACUCCAGUUGUGAAAACUAAAGGAGGGGACGGUGGGAGGGACGGGAGGAUGUCUGCUUUGAUCUCUGGUCUCAGGGUGGGACGCCCCGUCCUAUAAAUACAGACGAGCUGUGGUGGAGGAGGACAGUCGAGUCUCCACCAGCACCAGAAGCACACCUCAGGACCAAAGACCCAAACAGGAUUUUACCUUCAGCCAUGAGAGGACAUUUUUCUAUCGAGUGGAUGGCUCAGAGCAGCCAGCCGGCGGGGACAGACCCCGUCCCUGCGUCCGGACCCACCGCCUGUGGGACUCACUCAGAGAGCCUGCCGGGCUUUUACUGCAGGACAAAGACUGAAAGCGGACCCGAGCGGGACGACAACAGGAGCCAGAGCCUCAACGCUUUCACCUCUCACAGCAAUCAAGUGACUGAGGCAGAUUUCAGCAGUGGGACAGAGGAGGAGACCUCCGGGUACGAGAGCGAAGGAGGUCGCUCCUUCUCCCCAUCAGCCCCCGCAGACUGCGCCUCCACCUCUCCGGCCUCCCCUCCGUCGGGGAGGAGACCCCGGACGGCCUUCACGGCGGAGCAGAUCAGCAGCAUGGAGAGGGCCUUCAAGAGGAACGCGUACCUGGGAACGCAAGACAAGGCCGAGCUCUGCAAGAAGCUCAACCUGUCCGACAAACAGAUCAGAAACUGGUUCCAGAACAGGCGGAUGAAGCUGAAGAGGACGGUGCAGGACGCCCUGGCUCACGCCUGUCAGGCAAACGUCGCCUCUCAGUUGAUGCAUUACCCCGAGCUGCAGGCCUACAGACCGGGUCCGUACCCGAGGUACCACUCAGCAGCAGCAGCAGCACCGGACAGCCCGACCGCUGCCUCCUACGUCCAUCCACACAGCCUGCAGUACGGCUCAGCUCUGCCCGGCGUCUCCACCCUGCCCCUGGACUCUUUUUAUCAGUACAACGGCCUCCCUGGAGUCAUGCUGCCGUCUGCCACGACCCAACUCAUGAGCUCGUACCCGACUUAUCCUCAGUAUUACUGAGAGGAAGCUGUGAUAUUUUGUCAGACAAAAUUAUAUUUUUGAACAUAAAUGUUCUCAUCUUAUCCUAAAAGGAUCAACGUGAAUAGAAACAGAUGCUUUAUAAGAAACACGGCACAGUUACUGCCGUGAACGGGGAGCUGUGCAAUACUGAGAUCUGUGUGUGUCUCUGCUUGUAACUGAUGUAUAGUUCAGAUAUAUUUAAAUUUGAAUCUAUGAAUUGUUUUAUCAGAUUUGUGUUGUUAUGUCACUGUGAAAUCAGAUCGCUAAAAUAAAAUCAUUAUUAAAACUUAAAAGUUAUCGGAUAUUUAUUUAAAAAUUCA